AUCUUUCAAAUCGGCCGUUGUUGUUUAUAAAUAUAUCAUUUCUUUUCGUCGCGUAUUUUUUUCUUUAAUAACACAUCGUCGAUCGAUUUCUCCCGAUUUGUUUUUCGAGUUGGAAUUUUUAAUCAAAUUUAUUUCGUACAUACGUAAUUUUUUUUCAUUCGUUCGAAUUUCAAUACAUACAGUAAGAUCGAAACUUUUGAAUUUGAUGAUCGUUUGGAACGAUUUACCAAGAGAGGGGAUAGAGUUACGAAGAAUAAGAGAGAGAGGAAGCGAGAGUGGGAGAAAGAGAGAGAGAUGGAGAGAUAGAGAUAUACAUUAAGUACGGAGAUAAAUAUUUGAAAAUAUGUUCGACACCGAAAAAUUUAUUAAAGAGAUCGAGAAAAGGCCGGCGAUCUACGAUACGAAUCGUAGCGAGUACAACGACCGUAACGCCAAGAUGAGCGCGUGGGAAGAGGUUUUUCAGGUGAUGGUACCAAACUGGUGGCGGUUGUCCGACGAGGAGAGAAAUAUGGAAGAAAAGAGCUUGAGAGGGAAGUGGAGAAAUAUACGGGACUAUUUCAUGAAAGAGUUCAAACUGCAGCUGCAGAUAUCUCUUCAACCGGACUCGGUACGCCGGAAGCGGAAAAAGUAUAUCUACUACGACCAACUGCUUUUUCUCAUGCCCAUCGUUGAGAACAAGCUACGGAUUAUGAGCACAGCAGGAAAUCAAUGCAAAUCUGAGAAAAGCGAAGGGGAAGGGGAAGGGGAUAAUCCGGUGAUAGAGGAAUCCGACGUUCCAUUAGCCCACGCAGUUCCAUCUUUAACAACUGGAAGAGAAUACGUGCAGACUAAUGCAUCUUUCAAAAUGUGUCCACGUUAUCCGAAGCAAUUAUACGAAACAUCUUUUGCGUCCUUUGAUAAUGAGAGUCAUGAUAUCCUACCGUCACAUAGCGGCCAACAUGUAACAAUCGAUGAGGAAGAUUACGACAAAAUGUUUUUAUUGUCUUUGCUACCUACCAUCAGGCAAAUACCGGAAGAGAAAAAGUUGGACGUUAGGAUACAAAUGCAGCAGGUAUUAGCUAUGGCAUUACGUCCCCCGGAUAAUAAAUAAUCGACGAUGAACAUGGCUUUCUUUUUAUUUUUAUUUUUAUUUUUAUUCGAAAAAAUUUAUUCUCAUCAAGUGAAAUGAAUACUUGUCGA